AUUUCCAGGGGUGGGGAGAGUAAAGUCACGUCAGGCGCUGGCGUUCAACUUCAAGAAUAAAGCAAAAUACCCGCGUAAACUCAAACUGGUAUACUUCCUAAGCAAGAAUGCCUGCUGUAACUGACGUGAUCGCCCCCGGUUCCCAGGAGCGGGCACCAGAAGAGGCUAAAGAAACGCCACAUGAUGAGUUGCAGUAUUUAAGCCAGUUAACGUACAUACUGGAGAACGGCUACCGCAAAGAAGACCGGACCGGUACUGGCACCCUCUCAGUAUUUGGACAGCAGUCCCGGUACAGCUUGCGAGACCAGUUCCCUCUGCUGACGACAAAGCGUGUUUUUUGGAAAGGAGUACUGGAAGAGCUGCUAUGGUUUAUUAAGGGUUCCACAAACGCUAAAGAGCUGUCUGAAAAAGGUGUUAAAAUUUGGGAUGCAAAUGGAUCUCGUGAGUUUCUGGACAAGCAAGGUUUCCUAGACCGAGAGGAAGGAGACCUAGGGCCUGUUUAUGGCUUUCAAUGGAGGCAUUUUGGAGCAGAAUAUAAAGACAUUCAUACUGAUUAUUCAGGUCAAGGUGUUGACCAGUUGCAAAAUGUGAUUGACACAAUCAAAAGGAAUCCUGAUGACAGAAGAAUAAUCAUGUGUAGCUGGAACCCAAAAGACAUUUCUCUCAUGGCUCUACCACCAUGUCAUGCUCUCUGCCAGUUCUACGUACUCAACAAUGAGCUGUCAUGCCAGCUAUAUCAGAGAUCAGGAGAUAUGGGAUUGGGAGUUCCUUUUAACAUUGCUAGUUAUGCCUUACUCACUUACAUGAUUGCUCAUGUUACAGGCCUAAAGCCUGGUGAUUUUGUACACACGUUGGGAGAUGCUCAUAUUUAUCUAAAUCACAUUGAGCCUUUGAAAAUUCAGCUUCAAAGAAAACCCAGGCCGUUUCCCAAGCUGAAAAUUCUUCGUACAGUAGAAAACAUCAGUGAUUUCAAAGCCGAAGAUUUUCUGAUAGAAGGCUAUGACCCUCAUCCUACUAUUAAGAUGGAAAUGGCUGUGUGAACAUAUUUGUACUUGUGUUUAACUCGGUGCUUGUUGUGUCAGCUCUGGUUAUCUGUAUAUAGAUUUGUAUUAAUGUAAAAAAUGUGAUUACAAAAAAAUGUUUGCUUUUUCUUAAAGUUAACACUUUUUCUCUCUUUCCAUAAAUUUUGUAGCUUAAUAAAUUUGUAUAUCUAGUUA